CUGAUCUCUCACCUUUCCAGUGCACGCGCUGCUGUUAACGGUAGACAAAUCUGUGAAUCCCAGUUUAUCUCACUUGCGCCGUGCGAGGAACAUUCACAGAAUGGGUUUCAGUAAAUAAAGCUGUGCUGAAGUAAAGGGACGACUAAUACAAAUCUCAUAAAACAAGAGGUGUUUCAGGUAGAUUUGGAAUUGCUCAGCAUCUGUUCAUGGAGACCACAAGUAAAUCCAUGAAUCUAACUUUCUCCAUUGAGGACAAAAAUGGAAAUAACAUCACCUGCCCCAGUGAGCAUUCUCCCGAUUCACUAAGGGGCUCUAGCAGUUUGAGUUGUGGCGGUUCAGACAGUCCUCUUGACGUAGAAAUGGAGGACUGUAUCACUCGCCCAACAAAAGACAAGACGGCUUCCUCAAAGGUAGUGAAAUCAAGCAGAGCAAUUGCUGUAGACUUUGAGAGCUGGAAUGAAAAUAUGGCUCUCUUGAUGAUAGUGGACACAAAAAACACUGAAUGCAAUGGUAGUGACAGAAGCUCGGAAACCUCCCCUGACUGUGGAGCGCGAGAGCUGUCUGAGGUGGACUCCUGCGAGCCAUCACGUCGUGGAUCCAGUGAGAACUGCUGCUCUGUGAGCUCAGGUGAAAUGGUCAUGAGGGGUACCAGCUUUGUCUUGCACGAGAAUGACCAGCCACUUAGCGUCUCACUAAUCGGUGAGUCCAGAACCUCGUUGGAUAUAUCUUCAGAUCUCGGCGUGGUAUCUGGGAUGUUACCUGAUGUGUGUGAAGGCUUAGCCGAGGUGCCACAAGCAGAGCCCAAGAAUCAGGGCCUGGAGUGUACCUACAUCCAAGCCAACAAUAAGACCUUUCUCCUAGAUGAAAAGUCAUUGAGCAAUGAGAAACUUGAAUGUGUUACACCUGUUCAUUAUCACAAAUUCAAUGUGCAAAAGUUGGUGUGCAACAGCAGUGGAUCAAAUCAGUCAACACCAGUGGAGGGAAAAAACUGUUCUUAUUACUGCUUCUGAGGAUUUAGACAUUAGUGGCAAUGCUCAGACAUCAACUCCAGUGCAGUCUGUGAAUAACAAGACAUUUUGCCUCCCAUCUUUGUCUGAGUCACCUCUGAAUAAAGAUGAAGGUGAUUCAGUGAGUCCAGUGGCUCAAUUUAUUAGCCAGCAGCAAGGUGCUGCCUCUCAAAAACCCAAAACACCAUUGAUUUCAGCAAG